AAAUAUUAUCUAUUAUCAAAAUUUUAAAUUAAAAAUAUUUAAUAAAAAAACUUAAUAAAUCAUAAUGAACACUAAUCUGAAUAUCUUGAGAAAUAUCUUCCUCAAUGGAAAAACAUCAUUCUAUAACGUGCCACGAAGGUUUUAUGCUGCACCAAAACGUUUCUACAAAAACACAAAUGUCCUCUACAACGAUGGCAAAUAUGAAAUAACUUUGGAUCAUCGAAAAUUAAAAACACCCAAAGGCAAUCCGUUUCUAUUGAAAAGUGAACCUUUGGCUAUUGCCGUUGCCACUGAAUUUGCUAAUCAAAAAGAAACUAUUGCUCAAUCGUCAAUGCAUUUGUCGGCAUUGUGUUUUACUUCAAUGGAUAAUCCAAAUCAUUUGAGCAAACCUGAAAUGGUUAAUUAUAUGUUGAACUUUUUACCAACUGAUACAGUUUUAUAUCAAACAGAGGUAAGUUUAUUUAUUGAUUGAGGAGGUGAUUUCCAA